ACGCCACACGUCACCGGUGCCGCAGCCUUGCGGGACUCUUCCUCCCUUCCCGUCUGACCCGGCGUCCCCUCCCCGACUACAAAAUCCCCGCCCCCCUCUCCUCUCCCGUCCACCAAACAAAUCCAAUCCCCUCUCCGCGAUCUCACCGAGAAAAUCCUCGACCGAUCGGAAGACAAGCGCCCCUCACGCUCCUUCAAGAUGCAGAUCUUCGUGAAGACCCUCACCGGCAAGACCAUCACCCUUGAGGUCGAGUCGUCUGACACGAUCGACAAUGUGAAGGCCAAGAUCCAGGACAAGGAGGGAAUCCCCCCGGACCAGCAGCGCCUCAUCUUUGCCGGCAAGCAGCUCGAGGAUGGCCGCACCCUGGCUGACUACAACAUCCAGAAGGAGUCCACCCUCCACCUGGUGCUCCGCCUCCGUGGAGGCAUGCAGAUCUUUGUCAAGACCCUCACUGGCAAGACCAUCACGCUGGAGGUGGAGUCCUCGGACACCAUCGACAAUGUGAAGGCCAAGAUCCAGGACAAGGAGGGCAUCCCCCCGGACCAGCAGCGCCUCAUCUUUGCCGGCAAGCAGCUGGAGGAUGGCCGCACCCUGGCUGACUAUAACAUCCAGAAAGAGUCUACCCUCCACCUGGUGCUCAGGCUCCGUGGAGGCAUGCAGAUUUUCGUCAAGACCCUCACCGGCAAGACCAUCACCUUGGAGGUGGAGUCCUCGGACACCAUCGACAAUGUGAAGGCAAAGAUCCAGGAUAAGGAGGGCAUCCCUCCGGACCAGCAGCGCCUCAUCUUCGCCGGCAAGCAGCUCGAGGAUGGCCGCACCCUGGCAGACUAUAACAUCCAGAAGGAGUCCACCCUCCACCUGGUGCUCAGGCUUCGUGGAGGCAUGCAGAUUUUCGUCAAGACGCUCACCGGCAAGACCAUCACCCUGGAGGUGGAGUCCUCGGACACCAUUGACAAUGUGAAGGCGAAGAUCCAGGACAAGGAGGGCAUUCCCCCGGACCAGCAGCGUCUGAUCUUUGCCGGCAAGCAGCUUGAGGAUGGCCGCACCCUGGCAGACUACAACAUCCAGAAGGAGUCUACCCUUCACCUGGUGCUCCGCCUGCGUGGUGGCCAGUAAGUGCCUGCUCAUGGCGCUGCUUCUGUCUCGUCGGUGUACUCAAUGGUGUUUUCAGUUUCUGUUUUGGUCGUCUUUCUAUCUCUGUUAUGUUUGGUUGUGCUUACAUACUUAAUGAUGUGAGUGGCUUUGGAGGUUGGAUGAUUAAUAAGUGAACCCUUAAUAUCGUGUGUAAUUGUGUUGUUCCUGCCAUACUUGUGUUGCUAUUUGUCGGCAGAUUCUUGCAUUGAACUGGUCAUGAAGUAUUGAGGAAAUUCUUGAAA